UGUCCUUCAUCUAUAUGAUACUCCAUAUUGCUGAGAAAUUCCAGUGUACCAGCAAUUGCAGGUGUGAUUUGAAACAGAAGCAGCUUGCUUCCAAAGAAAGCAAACCAUACAAGAAGUCUUUCCAGGUUCAGAUAAACCCAGUUCCUGCUGAGCUUCAAUCAGAACAUACACAGAAGAGCAUUCCACAAAACAGGCUGAAGCAGCUAGGGCUGAGGCUUAAUUCAGGAGAGAAAGAUGAUACACAUAUCAUAGAACUCCAUAGGGCAUUUAAGAAAGCUGAACUGUUGGAUGCUAGCUUGGGAAGCAAGGAAAAGUUCUGGCAAAAACCAACCAUAAUGGGUGCUGAGAGAGCGUGGACCAUCCCUGCAACCAAAAGACUGAGAGACCAGAACCAUGCCACCAAACAGAUUUUUGCAAGAGAUCAGGUAGUGGUAACCCUUAUUGGCAUUACAAAGUCAAUUGCUGACACAAAGACUAGAACCUCCCUGAUCAAGGGAACAGCAUUGGGAACAGGGAUCAUAGCAGAUGAUCAUCCCCUUAGUAUUCAAGACCAGUGGAGAAACCAAUCUCAACAUGCUGCAGCAGUGACCAAAUUACAGGUUCAUGAUGUCCUAAAAGGGAAAAGACUAGCUGAGAUGGCAGCAGUAAAUCCAGGAAGCAAGUCAUCUCAAGCAAUUGAAGUGAGUUUUCCAAAGCGUGGAAGAACAUCUACAGGAAGCUUCUCCAACUCCUCUCAUGCUCAUGCAACAUGCAAGGCCAGGACUUAUAUUGUUUUCCUAAAAAUGCACAAGAGUGCCAGCAGUACUGUCAUGAACAUCUUGUUUCGUUUUGGGGAGAUGCACAGUCUCACCUUUGCCUUGCCAAUCAAUGGUGCCAGUCAGUUGAACUACCCCCAUUAUUUCACAGCAUCAGCUGUGGAAGGAUUUUCUACAGACAAAGAUUCCCAAUUUAACAUUAUGUGUCAUCACAUGAGGUUCUUUCAGCCAGAGAUUGCCAAAGUCAUGCCAAGUAGUACAUUGUAUUUUACCAUCCUUCGGAAUCCUGUUCACCUCAUGGAAUCUUCAUUUGCUUAUUACAAAGGAAUGUCCCCCUUUGCCAAAGCCGGAAGUUUGGAAGAAUUUCUCAACCAGACAUCCCUAUUUUACAACGCCACAGCCAAUGACAGCCAUUAUGCCAAGAAUCUAAUGGCGUUUGAUUUUGGAUAUAAUCACAAUGGAAAUUUCUCAAUAGAGCAUAUUCAACUCAUAAUAAGAGCCAUUGAAGCAGAAUUUAAUCUAGUCCUCAUCUCAGAGUAUUUUGAUGAAUCCAUGGUGUUAUUGAAGAAAAUCUUGUGCUGGGACUUAGAUGAUGUUGCCUCAUUCCCUCUCAACAGAAGAGACAGUAUUACCAAGACGCAACUUUCAGAAGAUACUAUAGAGAAAUUAAAGAGAUGGAAUAAGCUAGACUGGGAACUCUAUAUGCAUUUCAACAAGACUUUUUGGAAAAAGAUAUAUUUAUAUAUCGGCAAGGAGCAUCUCAAGCAGGAAGUGAAGGUAUUGCAGCAAAAGCAGGAGCAGCUGGCAAAAAUCUGCCUUCAAGAAGGUGACAGUGUAUCCCCAAAGAAGAUUAGAGACCAGGCAUUAGUCCCACUGCAGUAUGGCAGCGCAAAAAUCCUUGGCUACAACCUGAGGCCUGAACUGGAUAAGGCAACAAGGCAGAUGUGCCGGCGCAUGGUGACACCUGAACUUCAGUAUAGUCAUUUCCUGUACAGGAAGCAGUUCCUCAAGAAAGCUUUGAAGUUCAGUAACCCUGCUUACUUAUUCAGACUACACAACUAUAGAACAAAUCAGUGAGAGACACUUUAGUUAGG